AUGGGUUCGAAAAUCGAAUACGUGGAUUCGUCACAUUUAUACGCUACGAAUUAUGUGCGUAAUUCGAAAGCUAUCGGAGUGCUUUGGGCUAUAUUCACAAUUUGUUACGCGAUUAUAAGCGUUGUAGCAUUCGUGACACCGGAAUGGAUUGGCGAUUUGGAAACAGAGUAUCCGAGGAAAUUCGGUUUGUGGCAAAUUUGUAGAACGGACGAUUCCGUUGAGGAUUGUAAAGGGAGAUUGGACGAUUUUACUUCGAUAAAUGGUUUUGUGUUCAAAAUAGCUACGGUGCUAGUAGGCGCGGCGGUCGCUCUGGCCUUGUUUACUAUAUGUGCCAUGCUUUUAUUCUUCUUCUGUCGAUCAACAACUGUAUUUCACAUCUGCGGAUGGUUGCAGCUUAUAUCCGCUGAUAGAUGUCCGAAGGUAUGUACGGAUAUUGGGGCUUUCAAGAAAGCUGCCAAAAGCCCGGAGCAAGUUAAAGAGGAAAUAAAAGCUGCUGACGAAGCUAAAACACAAAAAGCUUCUGAGGAAAAAGCUCUAACACCUCCCGAAAAAGAAACAGAACCGGUAAUACAUGAACAAUCUGGUGAGGAAUAUCUGCCAAACUUAAAGCCAGGCCCUGAUGGUAAUGUAGACUGGACUCCACUCGGAGAUAUGACUGGAACAAGACCUGGAGUUAACAAAUACAGCAUCAGUAGAUAUUCACUUAGCGAAUGGAGGAACCACAACCAAAAGGUCCUUGACCCUGAAAUUAUUGUCGAAUCGAACAUAGUAGAAUACAAUGCCAAAACAUCCAUGAUGCAAGCAUUCGGUAACAUUGAUAAACAACAGAGCGAGAACUUUAAAAGACUGCGGCAGAAGGCAAGGGAUAUAUUCAGAUGGAAAGUUGAGGUUGAGAAAGCAUGUAAAGCCAUUACAGACGAAGUUGAACUGCUCGAAAUAGAGAGACAGAGGUUAAAAGGAGCUUCAAAAGUACUCAUGUUACCUGAAUCUAUAUCCAAAGAAUGUUUAGAUCUACGCUCUAAUAGAUUUCAACCUGAUUUAGUCGCUGAUUUAGCUGAAAAGGAAUUAAUCAAAGAAAUGAAUUUGGUGAGCGAAGUACGAGCGACUCUAAAGAACACUCUCGACGAAAUAGAAAAGCAGAUGGCAAUUAACAAGGCAGCAAAACAUCGGAUUGAAUACGACUGGUGUGACAAAACUAUGGCGUAUAAUACCGAAGCGACCAACUUAGGUCUCGAUACUAAAUCCAAUACUAUCAUGUUUAGGCCUGGUGCGACCAGGUUUGGCGAAUACACAGCUCCAUUAGAAUAUUGGGAGUACUUUUGUAGAGAAAACGUACAAAACUGUGAAGCUGCUCGACAGAAAUCUGCUGAUUUACGAGGAAGUCUAAACGCGAUUUUGGUGAACGGCGGAAGAAAACUUCGCAAUCAAGCUGACAGAACUGACAUGGCUCUGGCUGAAACUGUAGCUAUAACCCAGGAGUUAUGCACCAAACUAGAGGAAACAUUAAGAAAUACGCUACAAAGAAUAGCUGAUAUGGAAUCACUGAUUGAAAAUUUAAAGGAUUCCAUAAAGAAAAUGGACGCAGCAAUGAAACUAGCUCAAACCAGGUUAGAUAAUAGGAACAAUUGGCGUCCUCAUGGGGAAAGUGUGAGGGACCAGCCUCAUUUGGGUCUUAUCGAAGAAGUUAAGAAGAUUCACGAAACUGUGACUUCCUUACUUGGGCAGCUAAAUAACGCAGAAAGAGUUAGAACUGAUCUAUUGAAGAAGAGAAUAGUUCUAGAGAAGGAUAUAGCGUCUAAGAGGAAGACUUUAAACAUAGAUCGUGACAGAUGUGGUAUGGUUCGUUCUCAUUAUCCGUCAGCAUCAGAAUUAGCUGGUUAUUAA